ACUAGAUUUCCUUUGGUAGUGACCAUCUAUAAAUCUUUCUUUCAUCUUUUAGUUUCAGAGCCAUUUAACAAGUUACUCUGAAGAUUUUGAUAUCCAAAUUCAAUGCCAUGCAGAGCAACACCCUCUCUCAGCUUCAUAAGUCCGGACUUGCUUUGCCCAAGAAAUUGAAGAAGGGUUCCAAGUUAACCAAAGCAAUACUGGCUUUUACCUUGCCCUGCUUGCUGCUGCUAAUUCAACCAGUACAAGGGGCUUCCAAAACCCCAACUUUACAGUAUGGCACAUUUGGGAGGAGGAAUAAUGCUCCUUCGACACACCCUCCACCUGUUAAUGACCCGACAAGGGGUUGCAAUGCCGCAAAUGGUUGUCGCCAGUUUACUCUGAGUCUUGAAAACCGCAGAGGAACUCUAGUUGAAGCUGUUGGCAAUGUUACAGUGGCGGAGGGAACUUUGAACCACAGAGAGCCAGGUACCGAGGCCAUAGCUGCUGGGAUUGCCACUUGGUUCUUGAACAAGACUGAGUCCAAUAGCAAUACAUAUGGCCGAUUAAGCAUUUCACAGGACCCAAUUUCCAGUGCUGCAGUGUCAUCACAAAUGUUGCAGCUACAGGCUGUUUCUCGAGGGAUUGCUCGUACGGGACUGCAAGUUUAUACAUCAAUGUCAACUGAAGAUAACUCCAAGAUACCUCCGGCAGAUGGAAACAUUGAAAUAAAAGUUAAUUCAACAUCGAACAUGGUGGACUUGAGGUUCUUCACUAGCCUUGAAAUCAGUCUUGGGGAAGCUGAUAUUAUACGCGUCUUGGAAUCUGCUAAAACUAUAUUACAGUCCUCUCGACACUGAAGCUUAGUUUAGCAUUGUUGUUCCUGUCAGGAAAAAAUGCGUUGCGAGAGAAACCAGUGAAAAACAAUUGCACUUUCUUGAAUUUGCGAUGUCAAUCUACUGUAUUUGAAGUCGCAACACUGCAUUAUUGAAGUCGUGACGCCAAGCAUCUGCCGUUGAUGUCGCAAUGUGAGCCUUCCAUGGUCGCGAUGCCAACUCGAUAAACUUUGAAAACUUUGCAUUGUGGUUCUCAAAUAGUCUUGAGUUAACGAAAGAGUUUUCGUAUCGGAUAAACUCCAGAUUAGAAUAUAUAAUGGAUUAUAAAGAUGAAAUGAUCUUAUCAGUUGGUACAAAUUGUGGAAUUGAUUGAAAUUUGUGACCAUAGCUACACUGGUAACGAAUAUGGCAUCUCAUGACUCAGACUCGAGAUUGUAUUGAGUUUAAAGUGUUACAUUUUUCUUAUGUAGUUGUGUUGUUUCCAUAUGUAUGAGCUUAAACGUUUUUUCAUUUGAGAGGUUAUUAUUACUGUUAUUAUUUUAUAAUAGACAAAUUUUCGAA